GAAGUUAUUUGACACUGGCAGUGGAUUUGGACAUGGUGUUUUCUUCGACAUGCGCUCGCUGUUUGGGCUGAUCGCUGUGGUAGUGACAGCUACUUUAUACCUUUACAUACUAUCCUCUCGUCUGCCCCCUGGACCUCAGGUAACUAAACAGAGCAAUGAGGAAAACACGGACAAAUCUGUUGAUGACAACCAGCAAAGUGAAAUGGAGACUUCUUCCUCCAGGUUAAAGUUCCCAUCAAACCUGGAAGAACUGAAAGAGAUGGCCGAGUUGUUGCGGUUUUAUAAGACAGAGCACACUGGAUAUGUUUUAUUACUCUUCUGCAGUGCCUACCUCUACAAGCAGGCUUUUGCCAUACCCGGCUCAUCAUUUUUAAACAUUUUGGCUGGAGCUUUGUUUGGAAGGUGGUAUGGUCUUCUGCUGGCCUGUGUUCUCACCACAUUUGGUGCUACUCUAUGUUUUCUCCUGUCGCAGGCAUUUGGCAAGCAACGCAUUGUGAGACUUUUCCCUGAUAAGGUGGCCAUACUGCAAAAGAAGGUUGAGGAAAACCGAAGCAGUUUGUUUUUUUUCCUGCUGUUCCUGAGAUUCUUUCCCAUGAGUCCAAACUGGUUCCUAAAUGUGACGUCCCCAAUACUGAAUAUCCCAGUCACUCUCUUCGUCAUGGCUGUCUUCAUUGGCCUGAUACCGUACAACUUCAUCUGUGUCCAGACGGGUUCAAUGCUGUCUGAUAUUUCUUCUCUGGACGACUUGCUCUCUUGGACUGUAGUGUUGGAGUUGCUUCUAAUUGCCUGUGCUGCACUGUUACCUGGAGCUCUCAUACGUCACUACAGCAGAAAACAUCUCCACCUAGAUGGCCUUGAAACAAACGGACUCGACAAAGACAAGAAGGAAAGAUAAAAGACAAUGUGGGAGCAUUGUUUUAAACUUUUUGGUCACUUGGCUGCUGUUUGCAUUUAAGAGCAUUAAAAUUUGGAGGGAUUAUUGGAGAAUCUCUUUCGUGGACUCUUUUAAAGUUUUUAUCAAAAAUGGAAGUGUAAUUUUUAUGUGUCAUCUACUCAGGAGGCUACUGUCAUUUAUUAGCAUAUAUUUUUGGAAGUUAUGUAUAUGUAAUGUUGUUCUCUGAAAUGUUAAUCCAGCCUUUACUGUACAAAUCAACAGAGAAUAUAAACAUUAUUACGUUUUCAAAUAC